AACAUUUUAAAUACAAAAACACUAAGGUCAUAGAAAUUUUUCAAGUAAGGUAUAAACAUGUCAUCCCGUGUGAUCAAAAACCUCAUCGCAAUGCUUGAAGCUGAGGAAGCAGCUGAAGCUUCCAAAUCCACCAACCAUGGUACUGCAAAUUCAUUUAACAACCAUGGCAACGGGGACCAAAAUUUCUCCGGUGCCAAAAUCAAUGCCGGUGCAAAUUCCGGUGACCGUAACAAACACCGCACCACCAAUAGUUAUGGUGGCCGCACUAUUAAUAACAAGGGUAAUACUUUCAAUGGUCAUGGCAAUGGAGGGUUUAUUGAUGGUAACUUUGAUGCCUCCACAAAGAACUACAACUAUUAGUUAUAAUAUAUGUAUCAUCAUAUUAUUUAUAUGCUAUAUGCAAUAUGAUCUUGUGUGUUUUACUAAGAAUAAUGAAAUUGGAGCUAUAUGCAGUUCCAAAAGUGUAUUCAUGGUUUAAUGUUGUAUCUAUUGUCAAUUUAAAAAUAGUAACUACAAUUAAAAAAUAUCAAAACUACCUAUUUCUAAUGAUUUAGGUUUCCAAA